GGUAAUACUCGGAAAAAGAACAGGAUCUCCACACACACACUCUCUCAUACACAUACACAGACUGACAGAGAGGGAUCUCACCGGCGCCGUGUCGUUGUGUUCGCGGAUCUCCCGUGCCCGUGUGUUGCUCCAGAUGAUCGCCGCCGGUGCGCGGGAUGUGCUCGUGAGGAUGGGACACAUCACUCCGGUCUCGUGAGGUGUGAGCUCUCGGCUGUGUUUCUUCUCAAGGCCCCAUGGAGCCUGACGUGAUACGCAUGUACUCCUCCUCUCCGCCCCCGAUGGAGGACGGCGCCGAGGACGAGGAUGAUGAAUUCAGCGACUUCACCGGCGUCCCGAACAGCGCCAGCUUCUCGGAGUUCGACACACCCACCACGUUCAACCAGUCUCAGGCUUUAAACGCCACCUCGCCACCAGAGCUACUGAGCAAUGGAAGGAUCGUGGGACUCUCCGCUCAACCUGCAGGGUCCACGAAAGCUAACGGCGUGAUGCCUGGCGUUGGCCAGACCGGCACGCCCAAUGGCAGAACGGUUAGCGUAGAGGAACUCAAAAAGUUCACCGAGCACCAAGCUCACAUCACAUCCCUGGAGUUCGCAACGGGGUCUCGGACUGACAGCGACGCCAUUGACUGCAAUGGCGCCGUUGAAGUGCUCACGAACGGGUUUGCGACGUUAGACCAAAGCGGAAGCCCGCCUACGCCACACAAAAACAACGAAUUUGAUGUCAGUCCAGAUGAUUUUGCAGAUUUCUCUGCUUUUUCAAAUGCUGAACACAACCAGACUUCAGAUACAGACUGGGAGCAUUCGAAUCAAGGGUACAGAGGGCCACAGAGUGACGUUAGCGACAGCGUUGAAGAGCGAGGAGCUAGUUUAGAAGGUGAUAACAGGGACUCAAGAAUCACAGGGUUUGGAUUAACCUCGGGAAACUCAGAAAGUCUCACCAACGGGGACUGGGGUUUCCACAAAGGGUCGGAUUUAGAUCAAAGAGAGCUAGGAGCUCAUACUACUGAAGUCGUUAGCACAGUGCAACCGCUAGCCCUUAACGGUGUCGCUUGGAGCGAAACCGAUGACAACAGGGAGUCGCCUGACUCUAAUGGCGAUAAAUCUAGUGGUGAACAAUCAGAUGAGAAAGGCUCCGAAAAUGAGACUUUAGAAACGGAGACUGAAACGGAGACUUCCUUCGGUCGGCCGCUAUCAACAGACGCGCUCGAAGAAUUCGGCGACUUUAGCACGACGGGAUCCGUACCCUCGCCUCCACUGCAGGAGGAGACGGCCACUCCGGCCGACCACAGCCAGCUGGCUGAGGACGACGAUGAGGAUUUUGGAGAUUUCGGUGACUUUGGCGACGCCAGCUCGUUUAGUGCGACUGGAUUUGCUGAUUUUGACCAGCAGGGGGUCCCUCAGCCUGAACCAGACCCGAGCCCUCCGGUGGAGGUCGAUGAUGAUGAAUUUGGCGAUUUUGACACAUCAAAAGAACCUAGUAAAACAGAUUUAGCAGGUGAGGAGGCAACAACAUUUGCGGACUUUCCUGGAAGUGACAGUUUCGCGGAUUUUAGCUCUGCGCAGGUGGGUGACGUCGGCGAUAACGACGGAUGGCAGGCCUUUUCUGAGCCCGAUCAGAGCCAGCAUGGAGGGGAAUCGUGGGCAACGUUCGGGCAGGAACAGGAUGCAGCAGGUAGUGAAAAGGCAGGAGACGACUGGCACGAAAGCCAGCCAGUUACAGCGCCCUCUACAGCUGCGGAGGAGCGCAAAAGUUCUACAACGUCUGUGCUGGUCAGCCGUUUGGAGAAGAUUUUCCAGGCCAGUUUCGAGCUGGUUCUCGCUCCUCAGUUAGAGGAAGAGGUGACCACGCUCAACACCUUCCUCAAACCUCCCGACACAUCAGAACAGGAAGAUGCUGACAGAGGGCCAACCAAUGGGGCACUGCGGGACGUGUGGCAGCAGCUGCAGGAUGUUCAUAAUGCCUACGGCCUCCGGUACCAGUGGGGCGGCUCUUAUACCAAUAAAGCGCUGCUUUGCUCCCUUGGUAUCGACACCAGAAACAUACUGUUCACGGGCCAUAAAAAGCAGCCUGUAAUUGUGCCAAUGUACGCUGCCAGUCUGGGGAUGCUGGAACCCACAAAGGAGCCGGUGAAGCCCGUCUCCGCCGCUGAAAUGAUCGCCUCAAUAGCACAAUCUCCUUCAGUCGCCUCUGAGUUGAACACCUGUCCACCUGACACCGCCCAGGAGUCUCUUCCUCCUGUUCAGUUUGACUGGAGCAGCAGUGGCCUUACAAACCCUCUAGACGCGAGUGGAGGCUCGUCUCUGCUCAACCUCGAUUUUUUCGGCCCUGUGGACGAGUCGCCCUCCGGCACGGCCACCUCCAUACCAGGUGUGGACCCGGAGCUGUACGAGUUGACCCAAGCGAAGCUGGACGUUAGCGGGGGCAGCAGUAGAGUCGUGGAUGCGUUUGCUCGCCUCAUGUCGACCGUCGAGAAGACCAGCACCUCCACCAGCAGAAAGCCUGUGCAGAAGGAGGAGAAUCUGAGCGAAGAGGCUCGGCGAGUGAUCGCAGGUCUGCCGGAUCUGUCGUUCAUGCAGGCGAAAGUCCUCAUGUUCCCCUCCACGCUGACUCCUCUCCUCCCCUCCUCCUCGCCCUCCCCCACGCCCGACUGACGCGUUCUUCUCCUCCGCGCCGUCUCACCUCUCUUUCUCUGUGUAUCGCUCUCCAGUGUCACGAUACUGACAAAUAUGAUUUUAAUUUCAUCCUAUUGGUUUUCUAGCUCCCGUUCAUCAUUUCCCAGAGCGUUUUUUAAGUUCAAGUACAUCGUCCUACGUAAGAGAGAGCAGAUGAGAUAAUCGGCUAAUGAUCGAUCGCUUUAGAAGAGAAAUGACUAGAGGAUUUUAAUUGUUAGAAUGGCAGUAGGAAAAGAGUUUGUGUUUAUAUUAGAGCCAAUCUGUAUAUAAUCAGGGAUGAUUUCUUUUUGAGUAUUCUUCAUUGUUAAGUUAGUGUGUUUGAGAGAGAGAAAGAGGCACUUUGUUACUUUUGUUUGUUUGUUUUUAUCGAAACACUGGCUUAAAAGUCCUUCAAAGGCACAAAUGAUGAUGUGAAUGAUUCAGUUUGUAUUUAGAUAUAUAAAUGCGUAGUUAUAUCGACUUGAAACCAAACCGCCUGCAAAAUUUUCUUUCGAUUUUGCGUAACAAAGGCCUUAGUUUUUAAUCGCUACUACAUUACAAUCAAUAUUGUUAUUACUUGUAGGUUUUAGGUUGAUUUGAUUUCGCACAGGCAUUAGCGAACACUUUAUCUUUUGUUGUGCAAAUAGUUUAACAAUUAAUUAAUCGCUUUCCACACUGACAGACCGUAGACGACUCCAUCAACAUCUAUAGAAACCACAUUUUUGUGUUAGCUGCUCAUAUAUUUUUUGGUUCUUUGUUGUUUAUUAUUGUUUUUUAAUGUAAGUUGAAACCACUGGCUUUGGACUAUAAUGUAGUGAAGGAAUCGUUGAAUGAAUGAUUAACUUGAAUAUAUAUAUAUAUAUAUAUAUACAUAUACAUAUAUAGAUGUAUCGAGAAUAAGGGACCAAUAUCUGCUGUAUCGUUUUGCUCAUUUCCUGUGUUUUUGGUCAUGCUGUAUCUGUGUUUUAUUUAAUCUGACGACUCUAAACGACUCUUUGGAGGACGUCUGCCAUCACCGUGAUCCUGUACGCCAGGAGUGCAUGAUGGGAAAUGUUCGCCAGAAAUGAGUUUUCUCAUCUUUCUGCUUUGAUUUCUCCCAGUUCUUUUUGUUUCAGUUGUGUCACUGUUUAUUCUGUCUCCUGGAGGAUUUUGCACAUUGUAAAGAUAUACAGAAGAACUGCUUACAUAGUUAACUGUGGCUUCGGACUGUGUACAGUCAAACUAUGGAACAUGUAAAAAUUGUUAUGGGAAAAUUCCUAUGGAAAACUCAUACAGAUGAAUGAUAUCUCUAAAGAGCCUGUACCGAGGUCAAUCGCGCAUGCCCGGGUUCUUUGAAAAAACAAAACAAACAAGUGUGUAAAUUUUCUUUAAGUGUACACAAGAAAUUAAAAUAAUUUAAGAGAA